AGGCGCCCAACAGAACACCGCAAUCCGAUGAUAUUGUGAUGGUCUCCAAGGAGUAGGAUUUCGGAAAAGAGAAAAAAUCGAAUUUAGAGGGAAAAAAAAAGUAAAAAUGAAAAAUUUUUGAAGUCGCCACCAACUCAACCAACUCGGAGUGAGUCGAGGAGUGAGGCAACUGAAAUGCGCAAUCCAUGUCGUCCUGCCAUGGGAGCAAAUCCGCCAAAUCCGCCAUUUUUAUCCAACUCCGAAGCUCCCACUCCUUCCAAUCCCGACUUCAUUUAUCGCCGUUUACUCUGACGGAAUCGAAGCUCGAGAAUCGCAUACCUGAGAGAAAUCUUGUUUCCAAUCAUUAAAGAUGUCAAAUUCGGAGCUCUCUUGCUCCGAUUCCUCUUUCUUUUCUUCAAGCUCGAGCUUCUCUGUUAAUGGCGGGUUGUUUCUGGAGCCUGCGGUUUCCAAUAAUUCCUUUCUUCGCUGGGUCUCGCCGGCGGCGGAGCAGAGUUUUGGUAAGGGUUCUUCUGUGUCGUCGUCGUCGAAUUUGUGUCGAUUCAAAGCGGUCGGAGUCGGAGGAGGAAGGUUCUUGUCGGUGAGCUUGACAAGCGACGGGAUUGUUCGCGAGACGAAGAGGUGUUUGGUUCAGAAUGGGUACGAGGACGCUGUGGUUGAGGAGAGGAAGAAGAAGAAUCAGAAAAUUAGGGUUCGGAAAGGCGCUGCCGUCAACACCACCAAGCAUUUAUGGGCUGGCGCUAUCGCCGCCAUGGUUUCCAGAACUUUUGUGGCACCACUUGAGAGAUUGAAGCUGGAAUACAUAGUCCGUGGUGAGCAGAGGAAACUAUUUGAGCUCGUCAAAACUAUCGCGGUUUCGCAAGGCUUGAGAGGAUUUUGGAAGGGGAACCUUCUUAACAUCCUUCGCACAGCGCCGUUCAAAGCCGUCAAUUUUUGCGCUUAUGAUACUUACAGAAAGCAAUUGCUCAGAUUUUCUGGGAAUGAAGAGACCACUAAUUUUGAGAGGUUCAUUGCCGGUGCUGCGGCUGGCAUUACCGCAACUGUACUUUGCUUACCACUUGACACAAUUCGGACUAAGUUGGUGGCUCCUGGUGGAGAAGCCUUGGGUGGUGUUAUUGGUGCUUUCAGCCACAUGAUCCAUACUGAAGGACCUCUCUCCCUUUAUAAGGGUUUAGUACCCUCCAUUUUAAGUAUGGCACCUUCAGGUGCAGUUUUUUAUGGUGUAUACGAUAUACUGAAAUCAGCUUAUCUGCAUUCACCAGAAGGUAGGAAAAGAAUUCAAAACAUGAACCAACAGGGGCAGGAAUUGAAUAUUUUGGAUCAAUUGGAAUUGGGACCAAUUAGGACGUUGCUUUAUGGUGCUAUUUCUGGUGCUUGCGCUGAAGCUGCGACUUACCCUUUCGAGGUUGUGAGGAGAAAGCUUCAACUGCAAGUUCAGGCAACUAGAUUGAGUGCCCUGGCAACUUGUGCGGAGAUAGUCAAGCAAGGAGGAGUCCCAGCUCUCUAUGCUGGACUAAUUCCAAGCUUGCUACAGGUACUUCCCUCGGCUGCAAUAAGUUAUUUCGUCUACGAAUUCAUGAAAGUAGUUCUUAAAGUGGAAUGAAAAGAGAAAAUUGAGCGAACACCCAUGGAAGAUGUCGGAAGGUUGUAGAGCAACUGAGUGGAGAACCACCAAUAGAUCUAGAAGGAUCAUAGCUACAUAGCAGGUACCAAUACCAUUCAUGUGGGAAAUGUAUUUUUCCAUUGCAAACGGCAGGAAAUUGAAUCGCCAUCACAACUUACCAGAUUCAAGCUUUAUUCACUUUCAAAAUUUAACGGUAGUGCAAGACAUACACACUUUUGUUUUUGAGGAUAAAAGCCAGCGAAAUUUGAUUUUGAUCAGAAAAAGAACAUUAUAUAUUUAUGUAUUUCAAUUUUAGCAAUUUCCCUUUUCACUUUCUGCAAUUCUGUGUUCCAUCACUAUUUAUUGCGGAGAACUCAUACUCUAAUGCUUUAUGAGAUGUGGUAACUGGCAAGUAGCUAUGUGCAAUUAAUGA